UGCGCCUCGCAACUACGUGUCAGCGGUCGUUAGUGACGUCUCCCCUGUGGGAAGCUGGAGGAAGAGACUCUAAGGAAGGAAGCUGACGCCAAAAGAUGGAGCCUCCUGAGAUAACCAUAAUUGAAGGUGUGGGAGAUGAAGUGACUGUGGUGGCUGGUAUAGUGGUCCUUAUUAUGGCCUUGGUCUUGGCCUGGCUCUCUACGUAUGUUGCAGAUGGUAGCAACCAUCUUCUAGGAACUGUUGUGGCCAAUGGAGAUUCAUCAGUGAUCCAUCUAAACCCCAUUGAAAAUUAUGUGGGAAAUUCUGUUUCUGAACAAUCUGAGCCACAGAAUGCUACAGAAAAUACUGAAGAAAAGGCAGAUGAAGGUUCAGCUUCUGGCACCAGUCCAACAGUAGAGCAAGUUGACAACAGCAGUGGCGCUGAUACUUUAGACUGUCUAUUGGACAUUCAGGGUCUGCCACAAAGGACCUUGUCAAUAGAUGGUGUUUCUCAGGAAAGUCAGGGAGUUCCACAAACAGUAGCCAAUAUGGAGGAAAGUGAGCCAAACACAGGAUUCAUCAAAGUGCGUCUCAAAUUCCUCAAUGAUACAGAAGAAGUGGCUAUUGUAAAGCCAGAAGACACCAUAGGCAUACUGAAGAGCAAAUAUUUCCCAGGCCAGGAAAGUCAGAUGAAAUUUAUCUACCAGGGUCAACUGCUACAAGAUCAGGCACGGUCUCUGCAGUCCCUCAAUAUACUGGACAAUUGUGUAAUCCACUGUCAUCUUUCCCAGACCGUUUCUGCCAUUCCUGACACUGUGGUAGCACCAUCAGAAGCUGGGGGGAUUACUUUGAGCAUGAGUGACUUGAUGAUUCCCAUUUUUAUGCUGAUGCUGGCAGUGAUCUGGUAUUUCCGCAUCAACUACCGCCAGUUAUUCACAGCACCUGCCACCAUUUCCUUGGUUGGAGUGACUGUAUUUUUUAGUUUUCUUGUUUUUGGGAUGUAUGGACGGUGAGCAGCUACGGAACAAGAAAAAAUUCAGCUACCUUUUCAAUCAAAAUCCUUUUUAUCUGAUAUAACCUACAGCACCAAGCAAUGUUCUUACCCAGAAUUCUACAAAUUGAAAAAAGGCUCUACAGUUGAAAAAGAAAACAAAAUCUUAACUUAAUUUCUACAAUUUCUGUGGAUAUGUCUGGAUAUUUUUGAAACCAUUAGUAAAAGAUGAAAAUAUGACACAUGAAGAAGAAUAAGGCAUCAUUCCUCUGCUUUCCAUUACUUGGUUUUCACUUAAAACAUCAUUCUCUUCCAUCAUCUAUGUCUCUAAGAACAAUUUGACUGAUCACACCAGAGUUUUCUUCAUACAUCUAAUUCUACAAUGAUUAGAAAGUUAUUCAUGAUUGGCCUGAAAUCCAAUUCCUGUCUUAUAUGCCCUUGGACAUCUUCCGAAUCCCCCAAUAGUGGAGGAUUUUUAGCUUAAAUGUUUGCCUAAUUAAUUUGUUGCUUCUUGGACAAGCAUGGAAGGAAUGAUCUUGAUGCACAUUUCUUUUAUUAAUUCCACUGUGUCCAAUUAUCUAGUGGUAAAGCAAUGACCCAGUGCACUCUAUGAAUGCCAGUGAGUAGAACAAACGGAUUAUAUACUGCAGUUCACAUAGAUUAAUAUCUCAAAAUCAGGUAUUUUUGAACUGUGUUCUGAAGAGAGGCUGAGGCUGUACAUUUGCUGGGGGCUACACAUUUAGUCAGUCUCUGGCAGAAAUAUGCAUGCAUGUUGAUGGGUAAAGCAGUGAGUUGAGAUUGCAAGCUGUAUGCCAAUUUGGUGCACCUUGCGCUUGCUUGGGAAAAGAUAACAGCUGCAUUUAGAGCUUCCUAUCAACUGUUUAGGCAGUUUACCUUUUGUAGGUAAGAUAUAUGUUGACAUGUGCCUGCCCAGUCACACAGAAGAAAAGUCUGUCUGCUGUCAUCAAUAUUUUUGAAUGCUAUUCAUAUGUAGGUUAAUCUAGUUAUAGUUUUAAACUCCAUUGAUUCUAUUCUUUGAAGCAUGAUUACUUCAAAUAAAUUUUCUUGUAGAUAGGAAUUAAUCAAAGUGUUAAAGUUAGGUUACUGCCAUGGAAUUCACUGCUACAAUUCCCAGUAUCUGAGCUAGAACAGAUAAUUAUUACUGAGAGCUGGGUUUUUCAUUGCAAAGAAAUGUUAAAGAUAGGAUUAGAUAUUAAAUUAGACCCAAAGUUGUAAGCAAUUGUAUUGGCCAAGAGGAAUAUUAUGUUUUUAGACAUCAUGGUUACAGAGAAGCUCAAAUUAAAUUGCAGACUUAAACAUCCAAUUUAAUUACCGGUGCCAAGCAAAAAUGUUUUAACUGCUCCUCAAAGCUACCCUGUAAUGCUUUCAGCUGCUGUAGUUUCUAAAAUCAAGGCAUUAAGAAUAGAUUAACAGAAAAUGGUUUUUGACCUGAGGCUUGUUAGAUGCUUUGGAAUGUAUAAGAGUGUACUAAGUUCUUGUUAAGAAAUCUUUUUUUAACCUUUCUGACUACUUCAAAACUGUAUUUGUGGGCCUGCAUACAGAAUAGCAGUGAUUAUGCAUGUACAUGAAUAGGGACACAACUGGCUGCCUCCAAAGAAGUUGUCUAAAUCAAGAAAAAUGGCAUUGCUGUUGGAAAAAAAGUGCUCCAUAUGUAUUUCGGUACACUAAAAAGCACUCUUGAGGAAUUUGUACAGCUCUAAUUUUAAGUACAUCUUUGCUUGAUAUGUUGUCUGAAAUGUAUAACUUGUAAAAAAAGAAAAAUGUAUAAAUAUUGCUGGAAAUUGU